CCUCUGUUAUAUAUAUUCCUCAACAUUCCCUAUCUGAUUCAUUCGUUAACUUUAAAUCAUUCCCUACCUUCGCACUACUUAUUUCUUUCAUUCUGAACACCUUUGUCUUUGCUCCCUUUGUUCCCUUACCCUUCUCUGCAAACUUCAUCAGUUCAUCAUUUCUUGCAGUCCAGAUUCUAGAGAAUUCUCUUAAUGGAGCAGACAGUGGAAUUGAAGGUGGAGAUGGUUGGCAUACAUGAGAAGAGACUCAGGAAAUGCCUGUCAAAACUGAAAGGAAUAGAAAAGGUGGAAGUAGAUGCACACAGUCAGAAGGUGAUUGUAACAGGAUAUGCACAUAAGAACAGAUUGUUGAAAGCAAUCAGGAGAGGUGGAUUGAAAGCUGAUUUCUGGUCUCCCCAAAAUGAGCUCCUCACUGUUUAUGCAAGUGCCACCACUUAUGGAAGCUUGAGAUUCAACAACUUCAACUUCUUCUAGCUACCUACAACUAAUAUUAGUUACCGUUCUAAUCAUUCAGUCUCUGAGCUCAAUGGGACAGCCGGGAUGAGAUGCCAAUUGCCCUGUAGUGAUGGAUUUUCAUGUUUCCCUUUAUUUUCCUUUUACAAAAGAAGUGCCUAAUGAUGGGUCAUACAUAGAAAUAGUGAAAUUAAUUAUAAAAUCAUAUAAUCUGCAGCUUUUGCCUAUUUGUGGUAGAAUUUUUCUUUGUGGUAUUGUCAAGUAACUAAUUCCACUUUAUUGUUAUGUUUCUAUACAA